GAUUAGUUGCAUAAUCUGCUGUCAGUGGAGUGUCCCUCCCCACAAGAGGAAACCGUAAGUAAGAGAAAAACGCUGCAGCCUUUUGGGGCCAAACUACAGCGAGGGAUCUCUUUGCAUAGUAAACAGAGAGCAAGCUGGAAGGCAAUUGGGCGGCUGUCAGGGAGUGAGAGAAGGUGGAGCACAGGCUUUGGGACAUGAGACGGAAGCCUUGAUUCCAGAAGCAACAGCAGCUGAUCACAUUGUCACCACUUCCUAUUGCUCCGCUCACACUUGCUGAAGACUGUCUUUCCCUCUCCACGAGACAUGAACCCCAACACGGACUUUGGUUGAGUGUCAGGCUGAGCUCACCCCACACCAUAUCUGGAGUUGCUGAUAUGUGUUCAAGAUGAGUGGGAUGGGAGAAAAUCUCUCUGACCCUAGCAGGGCAGAGCCACGGAAACGCAAGGAAAGCCUUGAUCAGCUUGGGCCUAGUCCAAAGCGGAGCACGGAGAAACGGAACAGAGAGCAGGAAAAUAAAUAUAUAGAGGAGCUGGCAGAGCUGAUUUUUGCAAACUUUAACGACAUUGACAACUUAAACUUUAAACCUGACAAAUGUGCAAUUUUGAAGGAGACUGUGAAGCAAAUUCGCCAGAUCAAAGAACAUGAAAAAACAGCAGCUGCAAAUGAGGAUGAAGUUCAGAAGGCUGACGUGUCCUCAACAGGCCAAAGUGUCAUAGACAAGGAUGCACUUGGACCAAUGAUGCUUGAGGCCUUGGACGGGUUCUUUUUUGUGGUGAACCGUGAAGGGAAUGUGGUGUUUGUUUCUGAGAAUGUGACCCAAUAUCUCAGAUACAACCAGGAAGAACUGAUGAAUACUAGUGUGUACAGCAUUUUGCAUGUGGGAGAUCACAGCGAGUUCAUCAAAAACCUGCUGCCAAAGUCUUUAGUAAAUGGGGUGCCUAGGCGAAAUAGCCAUACCUUUAACUGUCGUAUGCUGGUGAAGCCAAUGAUGGAAUGCGAAGAGGAAAGGCACGAUGGUCAGGAAACACAUCAGAAAUACGAAAGUAUGCAGUGCUUUGCUGUAUCCCAACCAAAGUCAAUUAAAGAAGAAGGUGAAGAUUUCCAGUCUUGUUUGAUUUGUGUGGCCAGAAGAGUUCCAGUGAAAGAGAGGCCUGUGCCUCCCCCAUCUGAGAGCUUCACAACGCGUCAGGACUUUCAAGGUAAAAUAACAUCUCUAGACACAACCAGUAUGAGGGCCCUAAUGAGACCAGGAUGGGAGGACAUGGUGCGGCGUUGCAUCCAGAGAUUUCAUUCCCAGCAUGAUGGAGAAAUAUCUUACAGCAGAAGACAUCACCAAGAAGUUCUCAGGCAGGGGCAUGCGACCAGUCCUUUCUACCGCUUUUCCUUGUCGGAUGGUACGACUGUUGUGGCCCAAACAAAGAGCAGGCUCAUGCGUUCACAGACUAAUAAUGAACCUCCGCUUGUGUUAUCUCUACAUGUGCUUCAGAGAGAACAGAAUGUUUGUGGAUUGAAUCAGGACUUGGCUGGGCAAGCAAUGGGAAAGACAUUAAAUCCAGUUCAGUCCAGCAGUCCAGCUCAUCAAGCAAUGUACGGUGGGAACCCAGGUCAGGAUACGACCAUAAGUAGCAAUAUGAAUUAUGCCAUAAGUGGCCCAAAGGAACAAAUGGGCUUGGCGACUGGCAGGUUUGUUGGUUCAGGUGGAAUGAACCAUAUCUCAAGUUUGCAAGCAACCACUCCUCAGGGUAAUAACUAUGCACUUAAAAUGAAUAGCCCAUCACAUGGAAGUCCUGGCAUGGGCCAGGGUCAGCCUAAUUCUAUGCUUUCACCAAGACAUCGUGUCAGCCCAGGAGUGGCAGGAAGUCCUCGGAUUGCACCGAGUCCGUUUUCCCCUGCAGGAAGUUUGCAUUCACCAGUUAGUGUUUGCAGUAGCACAGGAAAUAGCCAUAGUUACACCAACAGCUCUCUUAAUGCACUUCAGGCUCUCAGUGAGGGUCAAGGCCCUCUUGCCCCCCCAUUGUCCUCUCCUGAUCUGAAAGGUGGAAAUCUUCAGCAUUCGCCUGGCAACAUGAACCCUCCUCAGCUUAGAAAGAUGGGGAGCAUAGACUCUAAAGAAUCUUUUGGUCUGUAUGAGGAACAGCCUGAAAGUGCAACUGGACAGGGGGAGUCCGGCUGCCAUUCAAAUGAGCAGAAAGACUGCGGUGAAAACCUGUCAAGUGUUGUUGACAAAACAGAAGGCCAAAGCAGAUUGCUUGAUGGCAAAGGUCAGCAAAAACUGUUGAAACUGCUCACCACCAAAUCUGACCAGAUGGAGCCAUCCACGCUACCUAGUAAUACUUUGGGAGACAUGAACAAAGACUCCUUGUCAAAUUUUGCAUCAAAUAGUAUGUCUGCCUCAGCACAUGGAACCUCACUGAAAGAGAAGCAUAAAAUUUUGCACAGACUCCUUCAGGACAGUAGUUCUCCUGUUGACUUGGCAAAGCUUACAGCAGAGGCCACCGGGAAAGAGCUGAGCCAGGAGUCCAAUAGCACAGGCCCUGGUUCAGAGGUCACUAUAAAGCAGGAACCAGUCAGCCCCAAGAAAAAAGAGCAUGCACUACUUCGCUACUUAUUAGAUAAGGAUGAUACUACAGAUAAUGUAGCAGAUAUCACACCCAAACUAGAGCGAGCAGAUAACAAGGUGGACCCUAGCAGCUGUCCAAAAUUAUCGGCUGUCAAAGCAGAGAAGGAGGAGCCAAACUUUGGACACACUGACCAGCCGGGGUCUGAUUUUGAUAACCUGGAUGAAAUUCUGGAUGACCUGCAAAACAGCCAGCUAAGCCAGCUUUUCUCCGACACACGGCAUGAUGGCAACUCAGCGGAUAAACAAGCCAUCAUGAAUGACCUGAUGCAACUGGCUGGUGAAAACAGCACAGGUCUCCCUGCCUGGGCCCAAAAGCAGAGAAUGCUCCGGAUGCAGCAGAACAAUGGUUUCAAUAGCCAACUGGCCGCACAGCUGGGACGCUUGCCAAACCAGAAUUUACCACUGGACAUUCAUUUCCAAAGCCAAGCAAGUGCAGGAUCUUUUGCACAAAUGAGGAGCAGCGGUCCGUACACUACUGUGCCUCAGUCUGGAGUGAUUAAUAACCAGGCAAUGAUGGGCAGUCAAGGCAAUGUCCGUAACAGCAGCCCAGGUAUUGUAGGAGUGAAUGGCCCUAGGCCACCAUUAAAGCCAGGAGACUGGGGCUCUCAGGCAUCUGCUGUGAGACCAGCAUGCCCGACCACAAGCACUGCUAUGAACAGGCAUGACAUGACCCGCAGUCCAACUGCCAGCAUUCCUAUGAGGCCGGGCAGCCAAGUGUGCCCUAGGCAAGUGCUUCAGUCAGCAGUAAUGAAUAUGGGGUCUUCUGAGCUCGAUAUGAACAUUAGCGGUCCUCAGUACACCCAGCAGCAAGCACCCCCUAACCAAACCGCACCCUGGCCUAACCGUAUUUUGACUAUUGAGCAACCCUCCUUCAACAAUCAAAACCGGCAGCCAUUUGGCAGUCCUGCGGAUGAUUUGAUUUGUCAGCCAAUUGUGUCCGAGUCUCCUGCAGACGAUGGGAACCUUCUGGACCAGCUUUAUAUGGCCUUGAGAAACUUUGACGGACUAGAAGAGAUUGACAGAGCCCUUGGAAUCCCAGAGAUGGUUAGCCAGGGUCAGGCUGUUGAACAAGAAUCCUUUGGAAGUCCUGAAUCAAACUUAAUGAUGGAGCAAAAGCCGCCUGUCUAUAACCAUGCAUAUGCAAAUCAGGGCCAGAUGGCUCAGAAUAGUUACCAACCAAUGCAGGAUCCUGGUUUCAACCCUAUGGGCCAGCGUCCAAGCUAUGGAAUCUUGCGUAUGCAAAACAGGCCUGGGCUACGACCGACAGGAAUGGUGCAGAACCAGCCAAACCAGCUGAGACUCCAACUGCAGCACCGCCUUCAAGCGCAGAACCGGCAGCAAUUAAUGAACCCAAUAAAUAAUGUCUCAAACAUGAAUCUGGCAAUGAGACCUGGAGUACCAGGGCAGCUGAGAGAGCAGGGGCCCAUCAAUGCACAGAUGUUGGCACAGAGGCAGAGAGAGAUAUUGAGCCAACACCUACGCCAAAAGCAACUUCAGCAGCAACAACAACAACAACAGCAGCAGCAGCAACAACAACAACAACAGCAGCAACAACAACAACAACAGCAGCAACACAGGGCCAUGAUGAUGAGAGGCCAAGGCCUGGCUAUGCCCCCUAACAUGGUGGGCUCUGGAGGCAUUCCUGCAUCAAUAAACAGCCCACGGAUCCCACAAGGCAGUACGCAGCAGUUUCCAUUUCCUCCGAACUACGGUACUGGAAUUCCAUCCCCGCCACCUUUCACCAGUCCUUUUUCCCCAGUGCCCCCCAGCCCUGGGUCACAGUCGCUCUCUCACAGUUCUUUGCAUGGCUCCCAGAUGAAUCUGGCUAACCAAGGGAUCAUGGGGAGCAUGGGAGGACAGUAUGGGCCUGUCAUGAAUCCCCAAAUGCAGCACAAUGCCUUCCAGUUUGCCAACUCAGGAAUGAGUCAACAGUCAGACCCAGGAUUCACUGGAGCAACAACCCCACAAAGUCCAAUCAUGUCACCUAGAAUGGGCCAUAUUCAGAGUUCUAUGAUGCAGCAGUCACAGGCCAAUCCUGCGUACCAGUCGGAGCUGAAUGGAUGGGCCCAGGGGAAUCCUGCUGGAAACAGCAUGUUUUCACAACAGUCCCCUCCACAUUUUGGGCAACAAAGUGGCACCAGCAUGUACAACAGUAACAACAUGAACAUCAGUGUGUCAAUGGCAGCCAAUGGGAAUGGCAUGAACAACAUGAACCAGAUGACCGGGCAAAUCAACAUGACCUCAGUGACCUCUGUGCCUACAUCAGGGUUAUCUUCAAUGGGCCCAGAGCAGAAAUACUGCUGACCCGAAAGAUUACAAAAUGUUUUUAAUCUGCUGACCAUGUUCACUGGCCGGAAGAGUGGUGUGGUCAGAAGAGCUCAGCCAGCUCUGUAGUGUUCUUAGAGACUGGCCCGGCAGCCAGCCAAGCUCUGCUGGAGCAACUAGCAAAGCACUGUAAGCCUGAUCUGCCUCCCAAUUCUGAGCUGAAGCAGUUGUCCGAGGAACAGCGCCCUCAUCUGGCAGUUGGAAGCUAGAGAAAGCCAACAGGCGGCCCCGUCUGUUCACUGCAUUCACCUUAGUGCAACUUAGAUACCUUCUGCGACGUCAUUAUGGACCGGCAAAUGUAACUGAACUCUCUGAAAAUGAAUGUAUUUAAUUGUAUGUAUUUAAAGACAACUAUGCUCUUUAAUGUUUCAAUUCCUCACUUGACUUCACGAGUUGUUGACACUGGCUUCUGACCUCAUGGCCCGCGGGCCAUCGGCCCAGUAAAUACUGUCGCUGACGUAUCACUUUUUUUUUUAUUUUUUCUUUGGUUUGAUUGAGAAAAUACAAAUUUUUAUUUGCAGAAGGGGUGGAAGCCAGUAUAAUACACUGAUAGGCCAGAGCUAACUGUAUCAAAGCCUUGCCCUAUUCACAGGCAAAUACCCCCGAUGUGGUGAUAAAGUAGAAUUAAACCAUGUGAGUAGGGAUAGCAGGGAACUGUGUAACGUGACGUAGCGUCCAAAACCAUUCGAAUCCUGGAAUCCCCUCCUCCUUCUGCUGCAGUCCAAAUGCUUUGCUGUGUGUUACAUAUUUAUCAGUGUAAAAAAAAAACUGUUCUUCAGAUGCAGGUAGAAAACUGACAGUUGUCAUUCAGUUCUACUGCUGCACAGUUCUGUUUGUGAACAGGAGCACGAGCAACUGCAGGUUUUUCCAGCAGGCCAUGGAACGAAUACUCCGCGUGGUAGCAUGGCGACAUUGCAGCCGUAGGACCUGCCUGUAAAGUACUUUAUUUACUGGAAGCCGAUCCAAUUCCAACUUUUACACUUAAUUUCAGUUCUUUCGCAAUUUGUUGUUUUUCCAAUAACAGGGUGAAAAUAUUUUUUAUGGUACAUACAAUAUAGCUUAUGUAUAAACAAGCAAUAAUUUAAGUUGAAAAAAAGUUUUAUUUGUGAUUUUGUUUUGUAAAAAUGUGGUGUCAAUUAAAAAAAAAAAAAAAGAAAAAAAAAGAAAAGGUACUUCAGUAUUAAAGAGAGAAUUUCCUUGUACCGACUGCUCCCUGUGGCUUUUCAGCUCACGAGAACUUUGAUAGAACUAGUUUGUAGGCUCCCUUUUCUACAGCCAAUCAAAUCGCUUGGACACUUUGUACCCUGCAAUUUACAGCAUAUGUUUAUGAAGAAAUUAUAUAUUAUAUAUAUAUAAAAUCUUCUGGGAUACACAAUUUA